AUGUCACAAAAGUUUUUUGGUCAGAGAUCUAAUGUUAGAAAUAAGAUAAUUAAGGAGCUUUGUAAUCCUGUUUGGAGACUUUUUAAAUUAUUUUCUUGGCAUCUUAAACCAUAUUUCCAAUAUAUUAUCUUUUUUUUUUUAGUUCUGAGUUUUAUUAUUGGAUUGAUUGUUACANGUGUGCGUGUACAUGUAUAGGAAGAAUAUGAAUAUCCUAAACGAGGUGUCAAUUUUACAGGUAUAUCAAUUAAAAAUGAUGUUAAGUCGAAAAAUUGCCUAAAGAAUUGAGAAAUAGACCUAUCGAAAUGAGAGAAGACAAAAACAUAAAUUGUGUUGCGCAAUAUUACAGAAUAAGAGUCUCAUCAUUUAAUGUGCAAUAAUCACAUGGAGGAAUUGAAAAAUUUAUGACAUAUAUAUGCCCGACGAUUGUGUAUUUUAAAACAAUAUUUUAGAUGUAACAAUAAUGUGGAAAUGGUGUAUUACUAAAGACUAUCUACUCAUGCAAAAUGGAUUAGCCAAGUUUGCCACACUUAGUGA